AUGAGUCUCAACUUCGGUUUCAUGGCCAUCCAAGCAUUCUACGGCUAUAUUACAGACUCGUUAGGUCUUCUCAGCGACAGCAUACACAUGUUCUUCGACUGCGUGGCGCUUGCAGUGGGCUUAUUCGCUGCAGUGGCCAGUAAAUGGCCGCCGAGCAUGCGCUUUCCUUAUGGCUUUGGCAAGAUCGAGACGCUCAGCGGUUUUGCGAACGGCAUCUUUUUAAUCUUAAUCAGUGUGGAGAUUAUGUUCGAGGCUUUCGAGCGGAUUAUCGAGGGCAGGGAAACGAAGAGACUGGCAGAGCUCUUUGUUGUCAGCACCAUGGGCCUGAUCGUCAACCUGGUCGGAAUGGCUGCAUUUGGCCAUCACCAUCACGGCCAUGACCAUGGACAUUCCCACGGGCACUCGCAUGGCCACUCACACGAUCAUUCGCACUCGCAUUCUCACGAGAAAUGCGACCACGACCAUGAUCACGGCCACGACCACAAGCAUGAGCACGGCCAUCAGCAUGGCCAUUCACAUGACAACGAGAACAUGUAUGGCAUCUACUUGCAUGUUCUAGCUGACACACUUGGGAGUGCCGCCGUGAUUGUCUCCACCGUAUUGACCCAUUUCAUCCCGUGGGCGGGCUGGGAUCCGGUAGCAUCUUUCCUGAUCGCCGUCUUAAUUCUACUUUCGGCGCUGCCCCUAGUCAAGUCUUCGGCAAAGCGUCUAUUACUAACUAUUCCGGACUCGAUCGAAUAUAAUCUACGUGACACUCUAUCUGGUAUCACUGGACUUCGAGGCGUCGCCAACUACGCCGUUCCGAAAUUCUGGGUCGACGACCGGAACUCCGGAGACGAUGGUCCGGGCGAUCGACUACUUGGCGUGAUGCACGUUGUAGCCGUACGAGGAGCCGACACGGAGGAUGUUCGCGAGCGUGUAAGCAACUAUCUGAAGGAGAAGGGCAUCGACAUUGUGCUGCAAGUGGAGAGGGAGGGAGAUACGACUUGCUGGUGCGGAGUCGGGCGCAGCCCUCUAGCAGGAGGGGGAUCGCAGAGCGCCGGUGUCUUCUAG